CUCGACUUGCCCCGCACGCACGCGCGCGCCAUUUCGCUCCGCCCAUCAUGGACGCGUGGGUAGAGGAGAAUAAUGGCGGCGGCGGGGACGGCUCCUUCUCCUCCAGCACCGGCGGCGCGCCGACGGCGGAGAUAUUCGAGGAGCAGGAGGACGGGGAGGGGGAGGAGAAGGUGUUCGUGGCGGUGCCGGGGCAGCACAGCAAGAGCGGCAGGUCCCUUCUCACGUGGGCGCUCCGGCACGUCGCGGCCGUGGCCGGCGCCGCCGUGGUGGUGGCCCACGUCCACGUUCCGGCGCAGAUGAUCCCGAUGAUGGGGAGCAAGUUCCAUGUAAGUAAACUGAGACCAGAGCAGGUCAGUGCUUACAGACAGUAUGAGAGGGAGAAGGUUGAGAAGCACAUGGAUGAGUACAUUCACCAGUGCUCCAAAAUGAAGGUCAAAUGUGAGAAACUUGUGACUGAAAAUGACAAUGUUGCUAAAGGGAUCGUGGAGCUUGUUUCGUUGCACGGUGUGAGCAAACUCAUCAUGGGAGCAGCUGCUGACAAACAUUACUCUAGGAAAAUGAAAAUGCCUAAGUCCAAGACGGCACUUGCUGUCCUGCAGAAAGCUGAUGCUUCAUGCAAGAUUUGGUUUGUUUGCAAGGAAAAUUUGAUAUACACCAGGGAGGCUGGUGCUCCUGUAUCUCACAAUGCAGCAGCACUCCCAGCUAGCAAAAGUUCAAUAUCCACUUUAUCUGAGUGGGGUGGACAACCAAACGGAUAUGCAAGCAAAGAGGUUGAUGGUCACAUACAGAGGUCAAUGUCAGAAAAGGUUGUGGCUGCAUCUGUUAGAACAUCAUUGCGACUACCUUCUCGAUUGUCUGUGCGGACAACGUUUAGCAGGCAAAGCAUAGAAGAUAAUUCUGCCAAUUCCUGGGAUAGCGUUCCAAGAGGAAGUUUUCCAAGUUCGCACCAAACAUCCUCUACUGUGACUGAUGAGGGGUUCAGUGACUCCAGCUCGUUUUCAACACCUAGUCAUGAUGCCUCUGAAAUCCUACCCUCUGUGCAUGAGGGGCGUCAUCUUCAAAAUCCGGCUUCAUACUGUGAACAGGAUGCCAUGAAUUCAAAUAUUGACAUAUUUGAUAAACUUGAAGAAGCCUUCACUGAGGAUGAGAAGCAUCAGAAACAAACAUUUGAUGAAUCUAUGAGGAGACAAAGAGCAGAAGAAGAACCGAUUUUGUUUCACCGAAAGGCAAACAAUUUUGAUGAUACAUCUUUAAACGAGGCCAAGCAGAGGAAAGAAGUCAUAGAAGCUCUAGCGAAGGCAAAUGGUGUCAUAGAAUUGAUGAAGCAAGAAAUGGAUGCACUUAAACAGGACAGAGAUGACAUCAUUGAUAAGCUUGUUAAGAUGAGUGAACAGAAGGCGACAUUGGAGCAACGAGUAGAUGAAUAUGGUGGCAUUGUCAAGGAUCUUGAGGAUACGUUGGCAACAAGUAAAUCCCUUAUUCAUUCACAGCAGUUGGAGUAUGAUAAACUGAAGCAUGAAAGGGACAAUGCACUCAAGGAUGCAGAUGAGCUGCGUAAAGAGAAAGAAAAGACAGUAUCGUACUCAAGUUUGACAUGGAAUACUGAAUUCUCUUUGUUAGAGCUGCAGUUGGCAACACAGAAUUUCAGUGACACAGUGAAAAUUGGUGAAGGUGGAUUUGGGCGUGUCUACAGAGGUUUCCUGCGCAACACAACAGUGGCAAUUAAGAUGCUGCGCUCUCAUAACCUACAAGGGCAAUCACAAUUUCGGCAAGAAGUUGUUGUUCUUAGUAGGGUGAGGCACCCAAACCUCGUAACUCUUAUGGGUUCUUGCUCGGAAGCUUCAGGUCUUGUGUAUGAAUUCCUACCAAACGGAAGCCUUGAAGACCGUCUAGCCUGUGAAAACGACACGCCUCCACUAACAUGGCAAGUCCGUACAAGGAUCAUUGGUGAGAUAUGCUCUGCACUCGUCUUCCUUCACUCUAACAAGCCUCACCCAGUAAUCCAUGGUGACCUCAAGCCUGCAAACAUCCUCCUUGAUGCCAAUUUGGUCAGCAAACUCAGUGAUUUUGGCAUAUCUUGCCUCCUAGUUAAAUCUAGCACAAUGUCCACAAGCAUCUACCAAACAACAAGCCCAAGAGGGACUUUUUCCUACAUGGACCCUGAAUUUCUUACAACCGGGGAGCUAACAGCACGGUCUGACAUAUACUCUUUGGGCAUUGUCAUACUCCAGAUGGUAACUGGGAAGCCAGCUUUAGGCAUUGGAAGGGCAGUGGAGGAUGCACUUGACAGAGAUGAGUUGGAGCUUCUUGUUGACAAAUCUGCUGGGCAGUGGCCAUUUGUGCAAGCCAAGAAGCUGAUGCUUCUUGGUCUGCAGUGUGCAGAGCUUAGCAGAAGAAGGCGUCCUUAUCGUAUGAGUGAUGUCUGGUGCGUGAUUGAGCCCCUGGUGAAGUCAGCUUCACUGUCAGCCACACCACAAUCAUUUGGACAUCAGUUUGUUGAGAGGCACACACCUUCUUGCUUCUUUUGUCCUAUUUCUCAGGUGGUCAUGAGGAAUCCUCAUAUUGCCGCUGAUGGGUACACUUACGAAGCAGAGGUCAUAAAGGGAUGGCUCCACAGUGGGCGUAGCAUGUCCCCAAUGACAAAAUUACCUCUGGCACACCAUCAUCUCAUCCCGAAUCGCGCUCUUCAUUCUGCCAUACAGGAACAUUUCAAGCAACAGCAGAAGCCACCAUCGUAAUUGUUUUUUUUUCCUUCUUCGAGAACUUGCAGGAGAUCAGUGCAUCAUGCCAUUAAGAGAAGCAAAGAUGAAGCAGACAAGAAGACCACAAUUGGUCCAUUAAGCUUGAACUUUGUUACAAUUAUGAUUCGAUAUUCUAUUGUUCCAUCAGAAAUCUUCUUUCUGAAACGUAGCGAGCCGCAACUUGCAUUGAAUUCAUUUGUACAUGAGUGUUGUGCUUGGAACAAAAGUGUUCCAGCCUUCCAGGUUCAAUCGGCAUUGAGGGUUGUGCUUUGUUAGAUACUCAGGAGGAACUGCAAGUAUUCAGCAGAUCAAAUUUUUGUAACCAGAGCAUGUUCUCCUGGAGAUGAACCAUUUCACGAGAUGUAGAAAUUAA